UGAUCAGCUGUAUCCAAUCACAGCUGAUCGCAUCUGUCACGCUGGAGAGGAGAGCCGGUAAUCGGCUUUCCGUGGAGAGGACAUGUACACUGAUCAUCAGGGCACUGAUGAUCAGUGUGCCCUGAUGAUCAGUGUAGCCCCAGCAGUGUCACCUGUCAGUGUCUAUCAGUGCGUUGUGUCAGUGCUCAUCAGUGCCACCUGCCAGUGCCCAUCAGUGCCACAUCAAUGCCACAUAUUAGUGCCUACCAGUGCACAUCAAUGCCACAUAUCAGUGCUCAUCUGAGCUGCCUUUCAGUGUCACCCAUCUGUGCCAGUCAGUGCCACCUAUCAAUGCCAAUCAGUGCCACCUAUCAGUGCCACCUAUCAGUGCCGCCUAUCAGUGCUAGUCAGUGCCACUUAUCAGUGCCAGUCAGUGCCGCCUAACAGUGCCAGUCAGUGCUGCCUAACAGUGCC